AAGCCACCCAGACCAAAAGUCCCAUAUUCCUCGACGCGAGCUACAGGCCGAAUAUUACACGUCAUUCGCCUAGCUUUAUUUACAUUACUUGCUUCGUUCUGACAGAAGACAGCAAAACGAUUCCCUCCACAAGACUUGCCCCUCUCUCAACUACAGUACCGCAGAACAACCGUACUACUCUAGCAACAACUAACAACUGUUUUUUUCUUGGCAAUUACUCGAUUCUAUAUAGUCAUGACUGUCAAUAAAUCCGGUUCUGAGCGCCGGUUUGAAGUGGUGGCGGAAAUUAUUCGUAGCUUUAACGGCAAGGUACAAACUGCCACGCCGCUGGCAUACUUUGAGAAUUGCCCAUUCCCUUUUAACAACUUUAUCUACCUUGUUAAGCUCGAAAAAACUAUUUCCACUAAUUUUACAGGCAAUCAGCCAGGUACCAGCGCUGCACCUGACGGUGGCGUCGACUCUGUCGUCGUUCGACUUAGCAACUUGAAAGCUGAUGGACUCAACAAUGCGAACCGUGUGCAAAAUGAAGUUGUCUGUUCAAUUCUGGCGAAAGAAGCUCUCACAAGUGUCGACUUAGGGCAUCUUGUCCCCAAAAUUUAUGCCUGGUCCGGCCCCAAGUCACUUGAUGAUACGGAUGAGGCCAACUUUGGCUGGAUAGUAUCCGAAUAUAAGAAAGGGGCUGACCUUGACGGUCAGUUCCCUUCUUUGACAAGCCAUGAACAGCAGAAGGUUCUUGAAACCAUCGCAAGGAUCACUUUAGCACUGCAACGUGUUCCUCUCCCGCCAUCUGCCAGCCAAUUCGGGGGCCUGGCUUUUGAUGAGAAUGGAAAUAUUGUUUCGUCGCAAGGAGCUUUACUUCCUGAUGGCCCAUGGGCGUCGUACGCUGAUGUUUGGGCAUCGAAGCUCCAAUCGCAGCUUGCUGAAGCGCUGAUUAAACCAGCACUAGAUGGCUGGAAAGAGCAGAAUGUCGCCUCUCGAAUUGAAAAGUUUAUCGCAUCUGGUGGGUUGAGGUCAUUUUUAGACCCUGUUGACGUUUACCGACGGAGUCUUGUACACGGUGACCUAACUAUGAAUAACCUGCUCUACGACGCAGAAACAAAACAACUGACAGGUCUUGUCGACUUUGACUGGUCGUCUGUGACCCAUCCCAUUGAGGAAUACUUUAGCGGCUUCCAUGAUAUUGGAUAUAGCCUGUCGGGAAACCCAGAUCAAAUCUUGUCUGCUGUAGUCGCGAAUGACUUUUCUACAAAGCCUGAGGGCCCAUCGGAGGAGGACGAGCAACGAUGGCAAACAGCAAAAUCAUGGAAUACAUUUGCUACGCAACACCAAAUUGUUUUGCCAUCUGAUGUCGCAGGAGUUAAAGAGCUAAUAGCUUUGUACAACUUUCAUAGCUCUCUUUGCCCUUUUCAACUUUGCAAUGCUGUCGUGGUGAAGAGCUUGUCUGACGAGGCUAAGACGGCGAAGAAGCAAGAAUCACUUGCGAUAAUUAUCCCCUUUUUGGAGCAGAGAGGCUUUUGAUUCUGGAUUAAUAGACAAGGAUUAUGAAUAUCAUAUAAAUAUAAAUAUAAUUGUAAUAA